AUGAUCGCCGAUGACCCGAAUCCUGCUGACACCCAUUCUCAAAGAUUGCCUUUCUCGUCCCUAGUCACUUUGCAUGUGCGAGGUGUCAAUUGCGUGCCACCCCUCGAGGCGGACUCUUUUGAGGGAAGAGUGUACCGCCCACGAAAUGCGCUUCUUCUUCUAAGUGCCACCUUUGGAGCAUUGACUCUUGCUCUUGGGACACUGCGCUCAGACGAAGCUUUCAGUCACUCAUUCAGGAUGAAGUUCCCAAAGCUGUACUCGCGACUCAACCAGAGCGAGACCGACACUUUCCCACCACAGGUACCAGCUGAAGAUGGCGAGCCGCACAAGACGAAGAGGCGAUAUGAGAGCAGAGCCAUGACAGGCGCAUACGUUCUGCUGGCCAUUGUGGCCGCUGCAAGUUGUGCUGUCUUUGGAUAUGUCGUGGCUCGGCAGAAUAUCCUCCUUCGAGCGGCCAUGGCCUCAACUGCUACUUGUUCUUCAGUAUCAUCUAAAGUUUCUGCUUCGGCUCCCGCUCCCGCUCCAGCUUAUGAACAUGAACAUGAUCAUGUUCCAGCGCCAGCGUCGCCUCCAACUUCGGCUCCAGACAUCAAGCCAAAGCCACCGUCAACGUCCGAGCUGCAUUGCGGCAACUCUUCCACGGAAGCCCGAGCCAUGGGCUGCGUCUUCGACCUCCUCACCAACAACUGGAUGCCCGAAUACUGCGCAGACCCAAUCACAGACGCCGAGUACCGCGAAUGGGUCCUCGAUCCCUCCCGCCAGCUCGGCGCCUGGGCCUUUUACCACGAUGAACAGGGACAGAAGCAGGUGGCCUCUGAGGAAGUCCUGUCCGACCUCGUGGGAAGCCACAUCUACACCACGACGGAGAAUCAUCUGGCGCACUGCGCUUUUCUCGCUAGACGGAUGCAUCGACUGGUUACGGGCGAUAUUGCGGCCGUGGCGCAUAACACGCUGGCACAUACGCUGCAUUGUACGAGGGCGAUUCUCAAGGCGGUGGAGAGUAAUGAGCCUUCGCUAAAGGCGCAGAUUGGGUCAACGUUUGAUGUGGGAAUCGUGUCGUGUCUGGUGGAGGAUAAAUAA